AUGGUAAUGGUGACGAUGAAUGCGAUGGAGAUGACGAUGGCAAUGGUAACGAUGAAGUUGAUAGAGAUGAAGAUGGUAAAUGGUGACGAUAAAGGCGAUUCGAUUGAUGAUGGUAAAGGGAAAGUUGAAGGCGAUGAAGAUGACGAUGGUAAUGGUGACGAUGAAGGUGAUGAAGAUGAUGGUAAUAGUAAUGACGAUAGUAAUGGUGACGAUCAAGGUUAUGUAGAUGAUGAUGGUAAUGGUUACGAUGAAAGGCGAUGA